UGGCCAAGCGCCGCCCUCUCCUCCUCCUCCUCCGCCUCUCCGAGCGCCGCAGCCGGCCAUGGGGGAGCAAGCCGACGACGCGCCGCUCCUGUUCUGGGCCGAGGGCCCCGGGAUCUCGCUGCCCGAGGAGGCGCCCCGGGAGGCGGGCUGGGGAGGCCCCUCCGCGGGGAAGGCGGCGUGGAAGGGCUCGCCCGGAUCGGCCCCGGGAGAGGCCGCCUCCGCCGAGCAGGUGGAGCAGGACCAGAUCGUGGCCGUGUUCGUGGUCACCUUCGACUCCCGGACAGGUAAUAUGGUUGAAUGGUGUUUGCCACAAGACAUUGACCUGGAAGGCGUCGAGUUCAAGUCUAUGGCCAGUGGGUCCCAUAAAAUUCAGUCAGAUUUCAUUUACUUCCGAAAAGGACUGUGCUUUGGCUUGGCCUGCUUUGCAAACAUGCCCGUGGAGAGUGAGUUAGAACGUGGUGCUCGCAUGAAAUCUGUGGGUAUUCUUUCUCCUUCGUACACCCUGCUAUACAGAUAUAUGCACUUCCUGGAGAAUCAAGUCAGACACCAGCUGGAGAUGCCAGGACACUACUCUCACUUAGAAGCAUUUUAUGAUGACAAGAAAGGUGUUCUCCCAGCUGGCACCCCUGCUUCUCAGCAGCCCAUCCACUGGUUGCCUUCCAUCCAUAGAUACAUGUACCCAGAGAUGAAGAUCACACAUCCUGCAGGCUGCAUGUCUCAGUUCAUCAAGUUCUUUGGCGAGCAGAUCCUUACUCUCUGGAAAUUUGCCUUGCUUCGCAAACGCAUUUUGAUAUUUUCACCACCUCCUGUUGGUGUGGUCUGCUACAGAGUUUAUUGCUGCUGCUGCCUUGCUAAUGUCUCCUUGCCUGGAAUUGGUGGGACUGUUCCUGAGUCGAAACCUUUCUUCUAUGUCAAUGUGGCUGAUAUUGAAAUGCUGGAGACAGAAGUGUCCUAUGUGGCUUGCACAACAGAGAAAAUCUUUGAAGAGAAGCGGGAUCUCUAUGAUGUCUAUGUGGAUAACCAGAAUGUGAAAACACACCAUGAGCACCUGCAGCCCCUCCUGAAGAUUAACAGUGCAGACAAGGAAAAAUACCGGAGGCUUAAUGAUCAGAGGCAGAUGCUGAUGUACUCCCAGGAAGUGGAUGGGGACUGCAGUUCUUGUGAAGAAGAUCUCUUCAUUCUGUUCUUCAUGGAGCAAAACAACCGGAUAUUCCAGACACUGAUGGAGGUUUCGGCCAGCCAGGACAAGACACUGACAGCGGACCAUGCCCGGGGAAUGGGCUUGGACCCCCAGGGGGACCGUAGCUUCCUUAUGGACCUGCUGGAAGUCUAUGGCAUUGAUGUCAUGCUGGUCAUUGAUAACCCUUGUUGUACUUAAAACAUAGGAUGCCCAAAGGCUGACAAAUGAACUCAUGAGCGAGGGGAUUGCAGCAACUUCAAAGACUAUGGGAUGCAGGAGGGCAGCUUUACUGGAACUCACCACGACUUGUGUCAUGAAGGAUUGCCUUUUAUUUAAGAGAAUUCUUUAAGGAAAGUGUUAUUUAUCUGAAUAUAUUUUUCUCCUGUGGACUGUUAUUUUCAGAUGUGUCACAACCAAGAUGUGAUAUCUGUCCUGGAUAGACUGUCCGUCCAUGCUUUCCCACUUUGGGUUCUGUAAAACUGAUGGUUUUCCUUCCUGUCCGUCCCACCUGCUCAUACAUAACCCAGCAUAAGCAUCUUUUGAAAGCCUAGUCCAGACGUGUUGGGUGGAAAAAGCACUUUAUUCUCUUGGGGACCAAUAUGAAAAUAAUAAUAAUAAUAAUAAUAAUAAUAAUAAUAAUAAUAAUAAUGCUUUGAUAUUCCAUUACUUGGCUAUAGGUUAUACUUUAUCAUAUUAGGUAGAAGCAAUCCCAUUAGUAUUUUUGUUCUUUUCUGUUACUUCUACCACUUACAUAUUUUUUUUCUUUUCUGUUACUCCUACCACUUGCCUCAUGUAUAUUAAAAUGCUUCAAUUCCACCCACUUGGUGUUUCAUCUCAGCCUGAAAGGUUUAGGGUUUCACUGUGGUAUCAAGCAGAUAGGUUAUAGGAAAACAUUUUCCUCUUUUACCUUUAUCCAUACAUCUGGAAAUGUGCCCUCUAAAUACUGAAUUAUAAUUCCGAAUAUUCCUCACUACUGAACUGCCUAUAGAGCUGCUGGGAGUUGCAGUUCAGCAAGAAUAGGAAGAAUACAUAAUUCCAGCCCUAUUUAGCAGAUUGCGCUUGGAGAGAUGACUGUGGCUCAUCCUCACUGGGCUGCAGCAAACCUUGCAGCCACCCUCAUUGAGCAGAAGAGUCCAAUGUCAAAUUAUUCAUUUCCAGAAAGAAUGCACUUGACAUCAACAUUAACUUUAAUGCUUUAUAGAACUUCUCAGCAGUUUGUAGUUAUAGAACUGAACUAUCUCAGUGUUGGGAUUGCUUCUCAUUGAACUACUACUUAAGGUGGCCUUGACUAUUCCUUGGCAUCUGUUGACCUGUUAUUGCUUGUGAAGCAGCCUGUACAGAAGCAGUCUGUCUUUGAUUAUAUGGGAAGGCAUGGGAGUUUCUAACUAGAGCAGCAAUGGUGAAAUAUUUUCACAGACAGAAGGAAGCAGUAAGGUGUGAUAGGAAAUCUCCUAUUUGAUUUUAUCUUGGAGUAAGAAAGGUAAGAGUUAUAUUCUCUGCUUGCAUGAAGUACUGGACUUGUAUAUUGAAAUUGAGAAGAGUAAGAUUUUAAAGCUGUGAAAUAAUUUAUUAACAAAUAGAGUGCUCUGUGUCUCAAGUUCAGUUUAAGUGGUGCCAUGUUGCUACAGGUAAUAAUUUGCAUCAAGCUAAGCUCAGUUGGCAUGGGUUUUGUAGUGGCUUCACUAUUUGUGCCCUUGGUCUCAACCCUUGGUUCACUAUUAAAAGGCAUGUAUAUACUCCUCAGAAGCUUUGCAUUGGAGGCAAAGGGGUUUUAUGGAUACUUUGCUGUUUUGUAAUCGGUAUAGCUUUUCCCAAAUUGGCAUCCUCCAACUUCAAUCAUCCAGAGCCAGCAUUAUCCAUCCCACCUGGGGGUAAGCAGCCACAGGGGUGAUUCACUCUCGUGUCUAGGCAGAAAGAGACAUUUUGCCUUUAAACGCUUCACUCCUACCUCAGUGGUCAGCAGGAAGGAUUAUUCCCUUGCAAGUACUUGAGUAACUUAUUUUAUAUCUUGAAAUGAAAUUGAAAUACCUUACAUUUGCUGUAAGUAAAUCAUUCUCUCAAGCAGUUCCUAUGGUUGCACCUCUUGGCCCAUUACGGUAGAGGCGAUUUAUGGAUAAGGCUGCCCUAUGUCCCCUUUUUUCACAAACCCCAAGAUACAGCAGGACACUCACUAAUGGAAUAUCAUGCUUGGAACUAAGACGACCUUAUUCUGAAUUUGAAACCAGAGUUUUAGAGACACUAGGAUAGAGACCUUUCUUGGCAAAAAAGAAAAUGUAAUGUUUUAUUAUUUUAUUGUAUUUAUUUAUUAUGCCUCCUGAAUUGAGAUUGUCCUUAAACCUGUAUAAUUAAUAGCUAUGAAGUUUUGAAACAUGAAAUAAUGGAGGACUUGGGAGGGCAUUUUAAGGCACUUUUCUGGAAAAAAUAAAAAAAAUGAUAGUAAUUUCUCAGAUUCUGGGCCAGUAGUACCAUUAUUUUUUAUAUUUGCCUGAAAUAUGGAAAUUUAGCAGGUAAAGUGCUUUUGCAGCUAUGUAUGGUCAUGCAGUACUAAAAAAGCCAUUUCAUUUGUGUGUGGCAGAAAGCUUUUGAUAAAAGUGCAGGAGCAAUCGCCAUUUUUUAAAAAGCUGGCAAUGUGCAAGCAGAUUCAGAUACAACUGUCAAAGCUAUCAUUGAAGUAUGUAACAUCCUGAAAAUAAGGGUUCUUUGUAGUCCCAUUUGCCCUGUUUUUAAAUGUAGUGCAUAGAACUCUUUCCUAUCUGGUCUGUUUUAUUUCCCUGGCCUCAAACCAUGCAACUUCUUGUUCUUUGGUAAAGAGAUGAGUAUUUGAUCAUUUUCCCCAAUUUAAUGGUGUGCUGUUUGUGCGACAGAGCAGGUUCCUUCUCUUGACACUUUAUUUGUUGGUAAUAUAAACUUUUCACAAAAGGAAAGCCUUGAAGCAACAACAGCCAAUAAAUGAGGUAUUUUAAGAGCCCAUGCAAGGAUUGUUUGUAGUGCCAGGUCUUGGCUCAAAGAUAUCUCAGUACAGUAAACUUGGAAAUAUUUGGCUUGACACUGCUUUUCUUUUUGCAGUCAUGUCUGAAGCUAGGACCUGUGAUGAUAUGACAUGCAAAGGACAUUCUGCCACAGCAAACUGCAGCUUUGGAACCAAAAUUCAUAGUGAAAAGCUGAAUAUUCUUAUCUGAUUUCGUAUAAGGUGGUAUACGUUUGUAAAACAUAAACCCUGCAUACUGUUGUCUUUUCCAAGAUUUUUUCAGGCUGUGCUUGCUGACCUUCAGGGGGAGAAAAUGCUUCUAAACGUGAAGGGAUUGUCCUAAGACCAUCCCCUUUCAGAUUUAUCAGUAUUUUCCUGUCCUAAGACCAAUUUGCCCUUUAAAAUUUUUCUUUUUCUGCAGUAGGAGGUUGCAGAAGCCUCAAAGAGGAAAUAACAUUGGUAUGUACCUUUCUGAAAUUACGCCAGAAUCAAAAAUUGCAAGUUCUCUGGAAAUAUACAGACCCUAAUAAAUCCAAAAUCUGCCCUAAUAUACCCUUGCUUGUUUUUGGGGGGAUUCAAAAUACCAUUUCUAUGGCCUUUCCAUGGCUAGGUGUUACCAUUUGACUAGUCCUACUCACUCUGUGAACACAAGUGACUACUUCUCAGUAUCCUUUCUCGUGUAAAAAAGGAUAUAGGUACCUGGUAUAUUGUAACUAUGUACAGUAUGUAGUCUUCAUAUCAGCCGCAAUUUUGCUGCUGGGUAAGGUAAGAGUAUUUUCCCCAUUCCAAGACAACAUGGAAUGAUUGCCAGUGAAGCAUUUAAAUAUACUGUUGCAGAAAUAUUAUUUGAAGUUUAAAUUUGCUAGAUAGUGCUUCGUCCAACCAAAUUAAUAAUUAAGUUUUAGCUUUUUAUGUUGAGACAGCUAAAUCCAAGCCACCUAUUCACUGCUGUUAUUUGUGAGCCUUUAACACAAUUUGAGAAUUUCUUGGUAAUCAAUACUUUCUGCCUAUGCCCUAUAUUGCAAAAACACUGGAAAAUACCUUUUUUUGGUUUCAGAAAUCAAUUAUACAGUAGAGUCUCAUUUAUCCAACAUAAAUGGGCCAGCAGAACGUUGGAUAAGCGAAUAUGUUGGAUAAUAAGGAGGGAUUAAGGAAAAGCCUAUUAAACAUCAAAUUAGGUUAUGAUUUUACAAAUUAAGCACCAAAACAUCAUGUUAUACAACAAAUUUGACAGAAAAAGUAGUUCAAUACACAGUAAUGCUACGUAGUAAUUACUGUAUUUACGAAUUUGGCACCAAAAUAUCAUGAUGUAUUGAAAACAUUGACUACAAAAAUGCGUUGGAUAAUCCAGAACGUUGGAUAAGCGAGGGUUGGAUAAGUGAGACUCUACUGUAAUAUCAAUUAUCAUAAAACAACUUUUGAGCACUUUUGACAUGAUUUCUGCUGGUGAUCCUAUAACUGCAACUCUGUUAUAUGAACACAGAUGCAAGGUAAACAUGGGCCUGACAAUAAGAUCUGCUGCAGGGAAUGAUCCUGACCAGAAUUCUGGUCAUGAGUUAAGAUAUUUCUGUUGUUUCUCCAAGCCUACUCCUAGCUUUUCUCUUGUGUUGUUUCUUUGGGUGCUGUUGUGGCUAUAGAGGGAGAGACAAUAAUAAAUCUGUGAUGCUCUCCCUGCUGUACAUGACAAAAUGUGCAAGCUUGGUAUGUAAAUGGUGUUUAAUGCUAAUUAGGAAUGUGAAGAUGUUCUCAUCUUUCAAGAGAAACUAUGUUUCAGUGGUUUAUUGAGAACAUGGUGAACAACUGAGUUUCUUUUAUUCUGCAUUCCAGGGCUUUUUGUGAGAAAUUCAUUUGUAAAAUAUACAGAAAAUAUAUGGAGAAAUGUAUUUGUGUACAAAAAUAUUUUGCAAAAAAAAGAAAAAAAAAUGUUCUUCACUGAAAAUCCCAAAAUACGAAUAAUAUUGGGAAAAUUUCCAAACACUCAAUCUUGCCCAGCUGGGAGAAAACUUGUGAGUUUAUUUGUUCUUGUUUAGGAAGACUGAAAUUAACAGUUACACUCCUAAUUCUGAUAAGGGCAGAAAUUACUAAUAUUUCUCCAGCUCCUCAUUUAAAAACAGAAUGUGACACACUUGUGUGUUGAAACAAUUGGUAUUUUUGUGUGUCUACAGAUAUAUCACCUUAGCUGUGAACUACUGUCCCUUUUCUUAAUAAUUAAAGACAUACUUGACCCUCGCGCCAACGCUCCACAGUGUAUAUGAUGCACUCUUAACAAUAGGCACUGUUCCUAUCACAGGCUAGUUCAUGUGUGCACGUGGAUCAUUUGAUGUGGAGGCAGCUGAGUGUAUGGACUAACCUUUGAAAUGUUUACUGCAUGAUGUCAUCUCAGGCAAUGAUGGGCUCUGAUGGCCCCCUUAAUCCAUGUAAGUCAAAUGGUAAAUAUCUGUGAACCAGGUCAAAACAUCUACUGCAAGUAACUGCUUGACUUUUUACCUAUCAUAAAAUAGCUGCUAGCUUCACUACACGGAUCUUUGUGAAAAAAGUGGAGUACAUUUUAUGCAUACACAUCCUCAAGGCAGAUGUUUUUAUAAGAAAAAAGAACGUAAUAAUACUCGUCCCUUAGUAUCCGCAGACUAUUAGUUCCACAUGGCAUUUGCAACUCCCCCCCUUCCCCGCUGAUACCAAAUAACACAAGGUCUUAUUAAACAUGGUGUAGGACAUCAGUGAAGGUAGCAAAAAGCACCAGGCGACACAGCAUAUUUCAUGUCUUCGCACCUCUGGGGAGCCCACCGAUUGCCCCCUUCCAUCUUCAAGCAGCUUCCACAGGGGCAAGGCAAUUGGAGGCAGAAUUCCUACUCUACUGUUCAACAGCAAAGUAUGGAGUCCUGCCUUCAAUUAUGCCUCAGAAGCUGUUUUCCACCCAUUUCUGUCUGCAGUGGACUGAAUCCACAGGUUGUGAAUCUGCAAAUAUGUUGGGCCCACUGUAUUAAUGUGUCUUAUCACAAAGGCCACCAACCAUCAAAACAUGAAGAGCUAUGAUUCCAAUCUCCUAACAGCUUUUUUUAAAAGUAAAGAAACAUGCUCUUUUCGUGUCGGCUGGAUCAAGUUUAGCAAUGAAGUGGGAGUGUCGCCCUGAUAAAAAUUUGUAUGCACAUUUUUAAAGAACAAGACAUACUGCUUUUCCACAUAACACUGCAGGUUCAGGCCUAAAGUGAACUGCUGGGUAUAUAAAUAUUUUUGGCAAGAUAUCACAUUAAAUUAUCACAUUUAAUUAUCUUAAAAAUAUGCUUUUCCCCCAGGUUAAAAUUGUGUAUUUGUUUUAUAAAUGGUUGUGAAAUCCCCAAUAACUAAUAAUGCAGGCUCAAGAGUAUAUACGUAGAUGCUGCUGUGAUAUUGCCACAUGGAUAACACAGUUGAUUAUUUUGUCUCUGCUGAAAACUUGUAAAAAUGGUAUGAUUGGCAGCUAGACUCUUACUAUGUUGCAACUAAGCACUUUUUCUGAGCAUUGUAUUACCAGUGGCUUUCUACAUUUCUCAGUAAGAAGUACUAUACUGUCUAUGGAUUGCCACAGCUUCUAUGGAGCCCAAGGAGUUAUGUGUAUAUAUUAAAAUGUUUUUUUACUCUAUUAAAACUCACUUUUAACACA